AUGAGAAAAGUUUUGUUUGUGAAUUCCAUAAUAAAAAAUUACAAAAAUUUUUACUGUAAUAAAUAUUUAUCGUUGGCACCAUCGUUAUCACCUUUACCAGAUGAUAAAUUAUCACUUGUUAAAAAAAUAAAAUCAAAAAUAACUGAUAAUGAUAAAAAAAAAGUUAUAAAUGUCAUGUUGAAAAGUUGUCAAAAAAUUUCACAAGUUAAAUUUACACCUAAAUGCAUGAGCAGAUUACAUAAAUUAGUCAAACCGUGUGGUUAUUGUACAUAUUGUUUUCCUGUCGAUUACAAUGUCGCUGAAAAUAUAGCAAAAACAUUUUUAAAACUUAUCAAAGGGAAUAAAUAUGUCAUAUUCGAAACGAAUCCAGGUUGCGGAUUGAUAACAUAUCACUUAUUAAAAAAAAAUAUCGAUAAGUUGGUAAUACUGCAAGAAAAUAAUUGUCAAUUAGAAAUAUUAAACGAUUUGAUAAAUCAAAAUGAAGACAGAAAUCAUGUAAUGAAAAGAAAUAAGAAUUUUUUUGGAACAUGGAAAAAAGCGAAUGUUUUUUUAGAUUUGUUAAAUGAAUUGAAAUUGGGAAAGGGAGAAAAAUAUGCAGUUUUAGGCGUGACCCCUGAUUUUUUAUUCGUUUCUCAAUUUGUUAAAGCAAUAGUUUACAGAGAAUUACAUAAUAAUUUAAACGAUAUUGAAUUAUAUUUAAUUGUGGGUCAAAAUGUUUACAAUAAUUUUAAAUUUUACAAAAGAUCAUAUGUUCGAUUUGGAACCUAUUGCAUGUUUCAUUUAUUUUUCAAUAUUGAAUACAUAAAAACAUAUUCAAGAAAUUCAUUUUAUCCUCCUUCGUAUCAAAACGAUGAAAACAUGCAUUUUUUAAGGAUAAGUUCGAGGAAAGACAGGAGUGAAAAAAUAUCAGAUGAUGACAUAAGAACAUAUUAUUUUUUUCUUAAGUUGUUACAAAAAAGUCGUUAUAAAUUCGUUAUUGAAACGUUAGAGCAAUGGAUACCCGAUUGUGGUCCACUUUUAAUCACCAAAGGUUUAUCAAUUAUGCAUAAAAUUAUGGAUUUGAAUCACGAGGAAGCGACCAUAUUAUUUAAUUUAUGUAAACAAUGUAAUUCGUUUAAUAAUUUAAAAAUUAUAUUAAAUUUGGAUGAUGAUGACGUGUCGAACGAUAAUCAAAUGAUGAUGUUAAAACGUAACGAUGGAUAA